AUGAGAUGGAAGCUGGUGACCAGGUCAUGGAAUCACAUUAUUGGUGGAGAUCUCACUGGAUUUCAAACAACAACAGGAGAAUACACUCUAGACAAAAGAUGUAUUUUGUUGCCUUACAAAGUAUCUUUUACUAAAGACUUUGGUUCUCACGUCCGCUAUACAGAUCUAGUACCCUUUAGAGCUUUAUCAAAAAGGAAUUCAGACAUGCUUGAUCACACCUGAGGAUGUAAGAAAGCAAGAGUUAUAAUCUAGCAAUGGAUGCUUGGAGAUCCCAUCAUCAAAACGUACGGGUAUGCUCCCACCCUCACGGAUAUAUGAGAAGGAUCAUGGAAAAUGUGGAGGGAAAUGUACCAAAAAGCUUCAAAGGGACGCUGGAACACAACACUAAAACCAGAUGGUGUCUUGGUUUGUGGAGUCUCAAUACCACUUUAUACUGUUUAUGCUCAUAGCUUGGAAGUCUUAUCAAUACCUUGUGUCUUUCUAUCCUGAAUUAUAUUUGUACAUACUUAAUAUAUCCAUAUUUUGAGGGGCUCACAUUCGAUGCAUCCAAACGUUUGAUUAAUAUAUCUGGAGC